UUUUCCAUCACAAGGUAUAGGGAAGGUGGACUGAAUUAUUUGUUCUUGCCCUUGUGUACGAGAACUUUCUUCAGGCAUUACUUCUGGGAUUGUUAAAUAUGAUCUGUGGUCACAAAAAAUGAUCCUUUGAUAGUGAAGUUGGUCAUUGUAUUAAUUUUUUUACAUGUUUUCUGAAGAGGACAACUUGAAGUAAGGGGAAAAAUUAUCUCAUAACUGUAAAGACCAAAAGGAAAUGAAAUAGGUGACUGACAAAGAAAAUAAGGUCGUCUUGCAGUUUUCUAAUGCUGUCUUGGAUAACAUUGCUCACAGCUUGUUCUGUUUUGUCUAUUUCUUAUGCAUAAUAAAGAGUGAUGUAAUUUGAUGUACCAAAACAUUUUUUUUCUAAUAAAAUUAUAUAAACUAAAUUAAAUACUUUGAGAUCUCACUUGUCUGUGGCAGUCUGUGAGAGGAGAGUCAGACAAAAUCAUUCCAAAUCUACCCUGUUAGAUUCUCUGCCUUUCUGACCAGCUUGAUUUAUUUUUUUACUCUAGCAACAGGGAUAACUCAUUUUUGUCAAGACUUUCAUGGAAAGAAGGGAUGAAAGGAAGGCUGUAUAUGAAAGAACAUUUGGGUUUCCAUUGGAUGCAUACACCAAGAUAAAACAGAGAAAAGCGGAGAGCACUGAUGACAUUGUAGGGCCAGAAGGUAUGGAGAAAUUUUGUGAAGACAUUGGAGUUGAACCAGAAAACGUAGUUAUGCUUGUACUAGCAUGGAAGUUGGAUGCACAAAACAUGGGUUACUUUACAUUACAAGAAUGGUUAAAAGGAAUGACAUCACUACAAUGUGAUACUACAGAAAAAUUGAGAAAUUCUCUGGAUUACUUGAGAUCUUUAUUAAAUGAGCCUACCAAUUUUAAACUUAUUUAUAGAUAUGCAUUUGACUUUGCACGGGAAAAGGACCAGCGCAGCCUAGAUAUCAAUACUGCCAAGUGUAUGUUGGGCCUUCUUUUAGGAAAAACAUGGUCCCUUUUCCCAGUAUUUCAUCAGUUUCUAGAGCAGCAAUCAAAAUACAAAGUUAUCAAUAAGGACCAAUGGUGUAACGUUCUCGAAUUCAGCAGAACAAUUAACCUUGACCUCAGUAACUAUGAUGAAGAUGGAGCCUGGCCAGUGUUGUUGGAUGAGUUUGUGGAAUGGUAUAAAGGAAAACAGAUGACAUAGGAGUUUAACUAUGCACAGCCGCUCAAGAGUCACUGUUACCACAGUUAUGUCAACCAUUAGCCAUAAACUGCUAUUUGUAUCAAAGUGCAUGCUGCUUUUCUUGCACUGCAUCCCUUUUGCAGGGAACUUUUGAUGUUUGCUAUUUAACAAGCUAGCUAUGCUUGCUGUGUAGCAUUGUUCUCUUUGAAGGCUGCUUUGCAUUUUGUAUUUACACUACAAAUUGGUGAACUUGCCAGCGUCUUCACUGUGAUUAUGUGUAUAUUGCUGUCUAAAUUUUGUAUAUGUGUAUAAAAAAAGAAAAAGCUUCACCUAGGGAUUAUUUCUGCAGAAAUGUAUUGUAAAAAUAAUUUUGUGGCAUAUUUCUAGUCAUCACUCACAUGUUUGUUGAAACUUUAGUUAUUUUGUUUUUCUUUUGGUCUCAAAUGUAGCAUUUCAGAAAAUGAAAUUAACAGACUGCUUGGACAUAGUUAUGUGAAGAACUAUUGUCAAUUUUAAUGUUACUAUUUGAGAUGCCAAUCUCUGAGGGAAGAAGACAUGCUGUGACUUUCUUCACCGGAAUUCGCCAAACCUGACCUAUUGGUUAAUAGGAAUGAAACAUUGGUAUCUUAAAAAAAUAUAUAUAUACAUAUAAAUAUUAAAACACUGUAAUAGUUGUACAUGCCACAGAUUAUUUCCAUUUGAAGAAAAAAGUACUGACUUUUUAAUGUUAAAACUGCAGUAGUCAUUACAGGUACAAAUGAACAAAUUAAAGUACCUUUUAAAAAUGGGUUUUAGACUUUCAUAAAUUGCCUUUGGCAUACUCCUUUUAAUUUUUGGUGUACUACGAGUGUUUGGUCUGUGUUGCGAUCUAGCGAAAUUCUAGCUAAAAUGAGUGGUUUGGGGAAUAAGGUCUGCUUACCCCUAGCACAUAGGUAAUACAGAUUUGGGUUUGGGUUUUUUUUUUGUUUGUUUGUAACGUUAGUCUUUCCCAGGGUCUCUAACUUUGUGUUUCUAAGUAAUUAAAAGUAUGAUAUCAAAUAGUCAAAACAUUACUUUUUCUUUCAUGCUGGGGAUUGGAACUUCCUAGCAGAGUGUCCACUGCAGGCAAUGGGCAUGUUAAACACCAGCAUUAAAUGACAGCACUUCUUAGUAAGGACCACUGCCUAUUUCACUCAUUUCUUUAUCUGUAUAGGACAGUUCUAGCAAUUAUUUGGGGAAAAUGAGUGAAUGGAAUGAUGUUUAAGUUCUGUAAUUUUGUCACGUUGUCUUUUGCCUUACCCUUCUUUUAUUGAGUGAUGUUAGUGUUGAUUUUUAUAAAUAGGUCCUUGAAGUAUCCGGUGCUAUUAAACUUUGAUCCCUAAGGAUUUACUGAAAUGUUCCAUAUUGAUUGGGGGAGCAUUUAACAAAAAAGGGCCAGUGGAUGUUUUGGAAUGAAGAACGAUGUUACUUUUCUGUAGAAAUACUUGACAAGGUAUUGGAAGUUUUGCUAUUUCUCUAGAAUGCAAUUCAGGGGAAGAGGGGGAAAGCGUUUUAGGUUGAAUGUGAACUUUUCAGCUGUAUUGAAGGUCCUGUUGUGCCAUCACUGAAGUCAGAAACUACUGUCAUUAACUUGACUACUUUCAGGAUUAAGCCUAGUUUAGCAAAAGCACAUUAGUUUGCUGCCCUGGGCCAGAAGGUUCUAACUGUGGUACUGCAGGUGGCCCGUUGUGUUCAAAUCUGUUUGUUGUUGAUGAUUUUUGUUUGUCAAGCUCAGCUGCCAAAGACAAAAAUUGUUUGUGUGUGUUUGUGUAUAUUUGUAUAUACAUAAAUAUACAAUAUGUAUGCAUAUACAAAACCUAGAAGUUCAUUGUGCUAAGAAGAAAAUACUACCUUUCCCUGUGAAAUAGUCAUGUUUGGAUUUCCACGACACUAAAUAGUGCUCUUCAAGGUUAAUAGUGGUAAAACAUACAUGGUCAUUGCUUUCUCAUGCACCAAUACACAUAACCUUAAUUCCAUGUUUGAUGCCAGUUUGCACAAGAAAUGAAUGCAGUGGAGUGUGGUAUUUAAUGUUUACAAUAAGCCUCUUACUAAAACACACACGUUUUAUUAAGACUUCUGAUGUAAAUGUAUAUAUUGCCAUAGUAUAACCGUAAGGAAAUACCAGUGGAGCUGCUGGUUUAGUUCUUAAAAGAAUGAACUUGGAAGCAAUAUAACUUUUAACAUUAGGCUAAAUUGUGGUUGCUAAGAUUUUAAGUGAAGUACUGUAAUUGUUCUUAAAUGUUAAGCUAGGAACUGACUCUAGAAAACUGUUUAGCACAAAUUGGCAUGAAUCCUGCAACAAAUACAAGGUUUGCAAAGAAGGUUUUCUAUGUCACAAAUAGUUUGGCUUCCAGUAACAGAAGCAAGAGCCAAAGACACUUUUAAUCUAUUACUGUUAUAGGUGUAACUCUUAUACAACAGGGUCAACAGAAAUCUGUUCAGCUCAACCAGGUGCUCUUUUUCCAAGUUUUGCUAAUGUUUAGCAGAAUACAAAAUUUAAUUUAAAGCAAAGAACACAGAAGAAAAGAAACCUCAGAAAGUACUCAGCUGUAUAAGUAAACAAACUUCAUUUAUUUGGGGGGGUAAAAGUAAUCAGGAGUGAUGGAAAGGAAGAAUGUGUUUGGAAAUGAAUCAGAUAGAUGUUUUUCUUCCCCUUGCAACCAGGAUAAAUCUGUAGUCUUCAGCUGGUUUAUAAACAUGCAUCUUCAUAAAAUAAAUCGCAAAUUCAAUUAUAGCUAGAAGACAGCUUUACUGACAUUUAUAGAGAACAAAUGGACUAAAAUGGACCCGUAUGGCUUGAUAAGCUUCCCUGUGCUAUCCAUCCUUCUGAUUUUGCUAUAUAUGCUGGUAAGCAGAGAAUCCUAACGUUGCCAGCUCUUGUGUUUUGGAGAAAUUACUUCUCAUUUUUAAGUAAUUGUAGAAACUUAACUAAGCCUAGUCAGUUUACCUUCUAUUUAGUACAAAUUUGGUGUUUGCUUUUUUGUUUGUUAUGCCACCAUACAGUGGUGUAGGUUUAGGUUUUUUUAUUUUCCUUUUGAAAAGUAAUGUACAGAAUGUGCUGACUUCUUGGGCAAGACACUGAGAGGUCAUUCUCGCAGAAGUGUCACGGGUCUUGUGCUAAUCUUUCUGGUGAACUAUUACUGUCCUUACAGCAGAAGCUUGAUGAUCUAUGUGCAAUUCAUGCUUGGUGUUCUGGAGAUGUGAAGUCGAAAGCCAGUUAGUGAAAGGAAAACAGCAUCCAAAGACUAUAGCAGUGGACACUCUAAGUUGAUAGAUGACAAACAUUUGGAGCUCUUUGGACUCGAUGAUCUUAAAGGUCUUUUCCAACCUAAAUGAUUAAAUGAAUAUUAGUAACCAAAAUGUUUCCACAAAUUAGAUUUCAUACUACUGCAAAAUAUUGUUUAAAAUAUUAAUAGAAUUCUACAUUACUGUUGUUUUUUCACUUUUUGUCUUUUUCAAAGAAAGCAAGCUGAAGAGGAUAGAAUUUAUUGGAAUCUUUAUGUACUUGAGUUUUCAGUUAAAACCUGUUUAAGGUUGUCUUUAAGCUACAAUAGAUAUUUAGGUUGCCUUCGUGUAGCCUUUUCUAACAUUUGUAGAGGACUGGAGGCUUCUCCCAUUAUACCAGAAAUACAUGCAUUUUAUUUCAUCACAAAUACGCUCACACAAUCAAAAUUACUUACAGCUCAUUGCUACUUGGUUCAUGUUCCCAAGUUACUUUUUUUGGAGGGCAAGAAAUGGACUUCAGCUGUGUUACGUUUUUUCCAGAUUUCUGUUGACCCUUGGUCACAAGUCUAACAAAUUAUUUAAUACUCUUGGAAUUCAUAUAGACAGCUUUAAAGGUUAGCUUGUGCCCUGGUUUUAAUUAUAACUGCUAAAAUACCUCUUUCUAGGCCUUAUAUUUUGUCCUUUCAUAUUGCUGUAAAACUGUGUAGAAUCCAUCCACCAACUAAAUAGUUUGUUAUCUCUAAUUGAGACCAAAACUUGGCUUGAUUUUUUUUUUCAUUUUUCAAAUUUCCACCCCUCUGUGUGUUUGUGUGUGUGUGUGUACAUGUGUUGUCACAAAAUAGUACCUACUGACACUGCUGUUGCAGGAACAGCAGUUAACCUGUAACUGUGAAUGCUUUAUGUCUUAGUUAUUCAGAUAUUACCUAAAUAAGGUGUGCUAAACUCCUGUGACUCAACCUGACGAAAAUACUGUUACGCCACCUAACAUGAGUUCAUCUGGUUGAUUUUUAGGUCUUUUGCUGGUGUUGAUGUAAAAUGGCGUCCCACAAAUAAACAGUAUUUGUGUUGG